AGCAUGGAGACGGUGGAGCUCUUCAGCUCAGAGGGCAAAGGCCGGGGCUUGAAGACUGGGAAGGAGCUGUGGACGGGAGACAUCAUCUUCGCCGAGCGAGCCUACGCAGCAGUGGUCUUCGACAGCCUGACUCACCUGGUCUGCCACACGUGCUUCAAGCGGCAUGAGAAACUCCACCGCUGCGGCCAGUGCAAGUUUGCCCAUUACUGUGACCGGACCUGCCAGAGGGAUGGCUGGGCAAACCACAAGAGUGAGUGCUUUGCCAUCAAGAAGCAGGGGAAGGCACCCAAUGAAAACAUCCGGCUGGCUGCCCAGAUCCUGUGGCGCAUUGAGCGCGAAGGCGGGGGGCUGACGGAGGGCAGCUUGGUCUCCAUCGAUGAGCUGCAGAACCACGUGGAGCAUUUUGGAGCGGAGGAGAAGACGGAGCUGCGGGUCGACCUGGAGUGCUUCCUGGAGUUCUGGCCCCCCAACAGCAAGCAGUUUGGCAUGCAGUACAUUUCCCACAUCCUGGGGGUGAUCAACUGCAAUGGGUUCACCCUGAGUGACCAGCGGGGGCUGCAGGCAGUGGGCGUGGCCAUCUUCCCCAACCUCUGCAUGGUCAACCACGACUGCUGGCCCAACUGCUCCGUCAUCUUUAACAACGGCAAUCAUGAGGCUGUCCGAUCCCUGUUCCACACCCAGAUGAGGAUAGAGCUCCGGGCCCUGGGAAAGAUCUCCCCGGGAGAAGAACUGACCGUUUCCUAUGUUGACUUCCUCAACGUCAGUGAAGACAGAAGGCAGCAGCUGAAGAAGCAGUACUAUUUUGACUGCACCUGCCAGCACUGCCAGAAAGGAACCAAAGACGACCUGAUGCUGGCUGUGAAGGAGGGAGAGGAGAAGCCUUCCCAGGAGAGAGUGAAGGAAAUCAUCCAGUUCUCCAAGGAGACCCUGGAGAAGAUUGAGAGAGCUCGGUCGGAGGGGAUUUACCAUGAAGUGGUGAAGUUGUGCCGGGAGUGUCUGGCCAAGCAGGAGUCCAUUCUGGGAGACACCAACAUCUACCUGCUUCGCAUCCUCAGCAUCUUGUCUGAAGUCCUCUCUUACCUCCAGCUCAUCAACGAAGCGGCUGGCUAUGCCAAGCGGAUGGUGGACGGCUACCUGAAACUUUAUCACCCCAACAAUGCGCAGCUGGGGAUGGCCCUGAUGAGAGCAGGAGUGACGCAUUGGCACGCCGGCCUCAUUGAGGUGGGGCAUGAGAUGCUCUGCAAGGCCUACGCCAUCCUCCUGGUGACCCACGGCCCCUCCCACCCCAUCACCAAAGACCUGGAGGCCAUGCGUGUCCAGUCGGAGAUGGAGCUGCGCCUGUUCCAGCAGAAUGAAUUUAUGUAUUACAAAAUGAGAGAAGCUGCUUUGCAGAACCAAACCAUCCAGGUCCUGCCUGAGCCCCAGCAGGAGGUCCCCCCGGGCCUCUUCCAGAAGAAGCAGUAA